ACAUUAAAUUGAAUUAAAACUUUGUAAAAUGGCUCCCGAACUGUUUACCCUUUUAAUAACUCAAUAACUAAUCGUUGAAAUGAAGCAAAUAAGCCAAAAAUAUCACCGUAAAUCCCAUUAAAAGUAACUCACCGGUGUUUAUUUAUAAUAUUCCCAGUACAAAGAACGCUUAUAUUAACUGGUAAGAUAAGAAAAUAAUCGGAAUAAACUGGACAAAUACGAAGAAACCGCGUAAAAGGAACUAAAUUAUAACCUAAAAUAUCGCUUUAAACUUCAAAUCUAACCUAAAAAUCUGUUUACAUCGAAUGUAAACAAUAAACACUUAAUUUAUUUGAAAAAAAAUCGAAAAAUGCGUCAUUUAGAAGGUGUUGAAGUGCCCGUUAAAGCAUCAAAUGAUGAAAUGUUUGGAAUUAAACAAGAAGAUUUCGAAGAACUCACCUCUAGUAUUAACUUAAAGGUGGAAAUCCCUGAUAUAAGUUUAGAUGAUUGUGAACCAUUCAUGAAAACGGAAUUUGUUGAUGUAAAUGUUCCUUAUAACCUCGAUGAUGAUUUGGGGUUUGAUCUUGCCGAUGUUGAGAGUGAAAUUUGGAAGUUUUCUCAAAACGGGAAGAAAAGUGGGAGGAAAAAUAAAAGGAAAUCACAUGCCCCGCAAAAAAAUACUAAAAAGAAGGAAAUUUCAGUUAGAGAUGAUAAAGACGACGCUGCUAGUUUGGAGAAUCCCACUGAGAAAGAUGUUUUUAAUUCCAAUUCUGAGUUGCCGCAAAGUGAUCAAGUUUUAAAGGAUUUUGAUGAAGAUAAUAUUUUUCGAGGGUAUGCUGAUGAUAAAGGUGAUGAAAGCUUGGAAAUGAUCGACAACGUAAAAGAAGAAUUCCGCUCCCAUUGGGGUGUUAAAUGCAACAUGUGCGAAAAAGUUUUCCCAUACAGAGCAGAAUUCGACGAACAUUACACCUCAACUUACAACAUAACCCCCGUUUACACCUGCGCUUUUUGCAAUAAAACCAUCGAAAAAUACAGCACAUUUCGUUCUCAUUGUUAUCGCCAUAUCACCGAAGGAAGACACAAAUGUACAAAAUGUACCAAAGCUUUUUGCCUACAAAGUCUUCUACAAGUCCACAUUAUUAGUAAACAUGGCAAAGUUAAGCCGUUCUCAUGCGAAGAGUGCGGAAAAAACUUUAUGACUCAAGCUGGGUUGAAAAUGCAUUUAAGGAAACACCAAAGCGAAAUUAAAGAGGAUUAUCCCUGCGUUGUUUGCGGAAAAGUUUUACACACACGAGGGGGGCUUACAUCACAUAUGAAUGUGCAUCGAUUGGGACGACGAUUUAUGUGCGAUGUUUGUGGAAAAACUUUUACCCAAAAAGUUAAUAUGCAACAACACGCCAAACAACACACAGGAGAUAAACCUCAUCGAUGUGAUAAAUGCGGAAAAACCUUCGCUGAGAAAUCUCAUUUAGCUCGCCACUACAGUUUCCACAGCGAUCAACGCCCUUUUAAAUGCGAGGUUUGUAAUAAAAUGUAUAAAACCGAGCGUUGUUUAAAAGUACACAGUAUGGUUCACGCUGAAGAACGUCCUUUUAUUUGUACUUAUUGUAACAAAGGGUUUUUAAGCAGUACUAAAUUAAAGCAACAUUAUAACGUCCAUACAGGUGAGAGACCCUACGUUUGUAAAUAUUGCGAAAGAACGUUCACUAAUUACCCAAAUUGGUUAAAACAUAUCAGAAGAAGGCACAAAGUCGAUCAUAAAACCGGUAAAAAUUUAGAAACUCCCGAAACGAACACAAUAAAAAAAUCGGACGAACAACUCCCGAUUAUAACCCAAAAUAACCGUGUCGAAAAUAUUUCAACUCAAAUCGAAAACGUUAACGAUCCUCAAUCUUGUUGUUUACCUCAAGAUUUAAAUUCGGUUGUCGUUCCGGUUGACGCACAAACGGAAUUGACGUCGGAUUUAGUUUUGAGUAAAACGGAAGAGUUGAUACUUCAACAAACGUUUAUGCAAUAUCCGAUUAUUGAAGAUAAAUACAUGUUUAAUCCCGGCAUAGAUUUUUCGAAUAUCAAUAAUGUGAAUAACACGAUUAUUUUGCCGUUUUUCCCGAACGUAACGCAACCGGUUAAUACGACAACCGGAAACGUUGCGGUUAUGGUCAAUGAUAUUGCUCCGCAUUUUUUGGAAGCGCUUAAUCAAAACCAAUUACCUCCGCAAACACAAUGAAUUAAAAAUUUUAAAAUUUAAGGAUUAAAAUGAGGUUUUUAAUCAAAAAAUGAAAUUGUGCCAUCUUUUUUUUUUAUUUUAGGAGUUUCUAAAUUGAAUUUUAAACUACAUUAACCUUUCAGUAUAUGCCUGAAACUUUCUAGUUUUAGUUCUAGGUUUAGUGUUAGUUCCACUUUUAGUUCAAUAAAAAUAUUCAAU